AGUAUAUUUCAGACACAACAAAAACCAGACCAUAAGGAAAGGGGAACUCCUCCUUCUCUCUCUCUAUCUCUAUCUCUCUUUGCUGUUUCAGUUCUCCGCCGCAGCGCCGCCGGCCGCCGCUUAUUUCCGGCAGUUUGAAAUGGAAAAGGUUGAAGGGGGAACUUUCAGAAAUGGUUUAAGUAAACCGGAGACGACGAUGACGACUGUGGUUCCUAAGAAAUCAAACCAGCAACUCUUUAGCGAUGAUUUCUGGUCUGUUAACUGUCAAAAUGGUGAUGAUUUCUCUGUUGAUGAUCUUCUCGAUUUCUCUAAACAUGACAUAAUCGAACAAUUUCCUGAAGAAAAACAAGAGAUUCAAGUUGAAAACCCUUCUUCUGCUAAUGAACAACAACAACCGGGAAAGGUCUUCUCCGGUGGAAGCAAUUUAACAGUUUCUUGUGAAGAAUUUCAUGUCCCUGCUGGAGAUUUGGAUGACCUUGAAUGGCUUUCCAAUUUUGUCGACGAUUCUUUCGCCGGUUACUCUCUCACUUUUCAAUUGCCGGAGAAACCCAAAACCGAAAUCCAACCGCCGGUGGUCAUCACCACCGAUGUGAAACCCUCUUUCACAUCCCCUGUUCAAACCAAAGCAAGAAGCAAACGAGUGAGAACCGAAGGUCGGGUUUGGUCUAUUGGGUCGGGUUCAUUACCGGAAUCUUCUUCAACAAACUCGUCUUCAUCGUCUUCAUCAACUUCUUACCCACCAAAUUCCAACCAGACGUUGGAUUCCCUGAUUCUAUGCCCGCCGCCGAUGAAGAAACAGAGAAAGAUGAAACCCGAAAACACAUCUGAUGGAUGUGGUUUUCAGCCGGCUCGGCGUUGUAGCCAUUGUCUGGUUCAGAAAACCCCUCAAUGGAGAGCUGGUCCAUUAGGAGCUAAAACACUUUGUAACGCCUGUGGAGUUCGUUACAAGUCUGGUCGUCUCUUACCCGAAUAUCGACCCGCCUGUAGCCCGACAUUCUCGACGGAGCUCCACUCGAAUAAUCACCGGAAAGUGAUGGAGAUGCGGCAGAAGAAGGAGGUUGACGCCGGCGUACAGAGCUUCUGAAGCAUCAUCGCCGGAAAAAAUGGUAAAUUUAGGUUAUUGCCGGCUGCUUAGACAAGAACAGGUUAGCGGAGAUUAAUGUACUAAAAACCUUGUUAAUAUCGUUUCUUAGUAUUCAGAUUUUCCUUAAA